AUGUUAUCUACAAGACCAACAGAUUUGAGUGAGACUAUCGCUUUGUUAUCCGCACUGCCACUAGAGCUGUUAGGUCUCAUCCUAGUGGCAGGAGGCAAAGAACUAUACCGUUCGGCUUUGUUUCGACACGUACUGGUGGCCCAAGUUGCUAGUUUAGUUUCCGUGCAAAAACAAAAUCUACGAGACAAAGGUGCUCGUCCAUGUAAGUCCGGCGUGGAAUUUCUUGAUAACCAAUACGCGACUGUUGAACCCGAGGCGGAUGUGGUUGAACAACUCGGUGUGGAUCAUCUCGGGCACCCCUUUCUUCGACCUUCCUUAGACCAACAACUCGAGCUAUGGGAUGUUGUGAAACGACCCGAAAUACGGUGUAUCAAUUUAUCUGGCUUUGUCGGUUUGACCUUUGUCUGCGGUGGUUCAACGGUACAUGGCAUACAUGCGCAUCAAACUCAUCGCUCAUCCGCCAUCGAUACAUAUUCAACUUUGACUCCGCGUGCCCAGAAAUUCGGCCUUUUACAGUACUUCCCUCUGAACAAGGGACAAGAAACCAUCAAUGAAGUAUGGAUAUGCACUUCUAAGCGUACGCAGAUCUUUUGGCCUUACUCACAUAAUCCAAAGUGUAAUUAUAUCCCAAUAGCCUGGGGUGUAGCCACCUCCCUGCUAUAUCAUGUCCCGGCUUAUGGAGGCUCUAUUUCGGUCUUCGGAGCGGCCUCGUCGCCUUCAAAAUCAUAUCCAAUACCUCAAUUGCCUAGGAUCCCCAACAUCGCAGAAGAACCAUCGAUGCAUUGCUCUCAGGCGUCACUGAAUGAUGUCGAGCUUGUUGAGGUUUAUACACACCCCUUAGAAGAUUUCAUGUGCAGUGGGAUCUUGGUACAGUAUUAUCACGGACGGCAAGAAGCUCUUGGUCAACGACGUGUCGGUCUUCCCGGUGUCAAAACUACAACUAUCACUAGGCCAUCUCAAAUUCAUUGCCAACCCUUUCGAACAGAUGACGGUCAUCGGCGGCUGAGUAUUAUAUUUUCUACUUCCGAUGGGCCUGGACUUGUCGAUGCCGAGAAAGGUUGGCAAAGUCGACCUAUGUUGGGAACAGCAACGUGGUCUUUCAAUUGGAAAAACGAUAUACUGCAGCUUUCCGAUGCUGAAUGGUGGAAAGGAAAAAUUCUCCUCACCAGGAAAGGCUGUUUCGGGACAUGUCUACUUUCCAACAUUGGCACUCAAGCACAGCUUAAAAGUCAGAACAGUCAGAUGGUUGUUCAAUCGUAUCAUACUACUUAUAGUAUUUUUAAUACGCUGGUUGGCAGACUAUCAUGGCAACGAAAUCUCACAAGUUGGGUUUACGUUCCAAUUGGCAUUUUGAUUAGUCUCGUGGCGUGUUUUGGUGUCAACUCACUUAUCGGAUUGAGUUCUGUAUCAUUUCCGGCUUCGGUGGCUCUUCUGGUGGUGCUUUUCUUUGCGCUCAUUCUUUGUGAUGUUGUGCUUGGGGAGAGGAAGACUAAGGCGCUGGUCAGCGUUAUUGAUAUACCGGCUGGUUGGGCGCUGAGAUAUAUCAAUAUCUUCUUUACGCCUUCUUUCGUAUUAUUACCAUUGAGUCCACCUAUAAGUGGUGUUGAAGUCGGUAAAAUCAUAGCAGUGUUCCUCAUCGGUUUCGUCGUCGUGCUAUCUAUAACAGCCUGGCUAGCACGCGGUAUACAGCUCCUGCUAGGAACAUCAAAACGAGCAGUAACAGAGCGGGCAGAGGAAAUGGGCUACGAAGAUGACUCCAUUCCUCUAGCAGAAUCACCUCAAAGCCGUCUAGCCUCACAAGCCACCCUUUCAAACAAUCCAUCCACAUCAAACUUAACGCAAGACUCACCCACCCCACCCACUCUCGCCGAAGAUCUCACGAGCGACCUCUCCGAACCCCAAAGAACCCAAGAUCCAUCCUUCAUCCGCGCCACAGGCGGUCCCCCAGAAUCCACCACCACGAUCUCUCACCCCCUGCCACCACAAACACCUCUCCCCCUAACCCGUCCCCAAAACUGGGCAUCCUUCAUAACCCUCAACCUCGACCGCCUAACCUACACCCUCCUCUUCCUCUUCAUCGGUCUCCCAAUUUACUACACAACUUCGUACGCCAUGCCCGCCCACCUGACCCUCAACGUGCUCGCCUACUUCGCUGCCCUAUCCCUCCCCCCGAAAUGGCGACAAUUCCUACAUCCCGUGCUCGUAUCCUCGCUCAUCACCGUGCUAGGGAUCUGGAUCCUGGGACUCACUCGAGGCGAGUCCCUAGAUGAGACUCUCCAUGCCUAUAAAACGGGGACGAAUUACCUUUCUCUCUGGCAUGGGGAGAAGGACCUGCUGAGGCCGGGGGCGGGUGAUGUUUUUGGUAGUUUGCUAGAUGCGUCGAUUGUGGCGUUGGCGCUGCCGAUGUUUUCAUACCGACAGGAAUUGCGACGGCAUUUUUUUGCUAUUGUGAUACCGAAUGUGGCGAUUUCUAUUGGGUCGUUGUUUGGGUAUCCUGUAGUGUGUUAUGCUAUUGGGAUUUCGUCAAAGAGAAGUUUAGCUUUUGCGAGUCGGAGUUUGACUUUGGCUUUGGCGACACCCGCGACACAGAAUCUAGGAGGGGAUGUGAAUACUAAUGCUGCACUUGCGAUUAUGAGUGGGAUUAUUGGGGUGUUAAUUGGUCAACGAAUUCUAGCUUGGUUAAGGAUUCCUGAAGACGACUAUGUCACUCGAGGUGUUACACUAGGCGGUAAUUCUUCUGCAAUAGCGACAGCUCUCCUAUUAGUUACCGAUCCAAGAGCUGCAGCAUUGUCAAGUCUCAGCAUGAGUCUAUUUGGAAUUAUCACCCUGGCAUUGACCUCAAUACCACCAAUAGUUAAUGCAAUCGACUCUUUGGUAGAUUUAUGA